CUUCCACUCUCUAGUCUUCCAGUAAUCGCUUUCGCAGCACCACAACCACCACCACGCACACCGGGAUCGCUUACAAUGAAGUUCUACUCGCAGUCCUUCUUGUACGACGAUCCCUGGUCUAUUGUCUCCCUUGCCUACCUACUACGAUACCCCAACCCGUUCGCAUCGCACAUCCUCUCCUGCGACGUGAUUUCGCGGGACAUCACGCCCGCGGGUACUCUCCGAACCACUCGUAUCAUCCUCAAGACCGGCUCCUUACCAAGAUGGGCCCCGAAAGGCAUGAUGUCGCGGGCUGAGUCCUGGGUCCUGGAGGAGAGCGAGGUGGACCCGCUUGGCAAAGUAAUGCGCUGCACGACGAAAAACCUCGACCAUGUCAAAGUUAUGCGGGUGGAGGAGCACAUCCAUAUCCGCCAGGCGGAAGAUGGUAAAACAUUACAAACUACCGAGGCUAUGUUCCUUUCGGGGUUUGGGUGGGGGCUGACGAAGAAGAUUGAGAACUAUGGUCUGGCUAAGUUCAAGGCAAACCUACAGCGGUCUCGUGAAGGUUUCUCUAUCAUUCUCGACCUCAUCCGACAGUCGCGCCGGCAACCCAUGACCAUGGGCGUACCUAGCUCCUUCCUCAUCUCCCACCGCAUUCUCAACGACCCGGACACACAAGCUCCCGCCCGGCACGACGUCCCUGCGGCGAGCGAGACCCGUAACGACACUUCGGGCAAUACUCCCCGUAACACUCCCAGCGGAGGCGCGUGGACCAGAGUAAAGUCCUGGCUGCGCGUUGGAUGAGCUCCAACCGGACCCUUGUUCAGCGUACUUAUUUUCGAACGGUGUUACCCGUUACGGUUUAUUAGUGUCCCCCUGCUCAGUCAUCGUCAGUCUCAUGGUUCCGUUGUCGAUCGUGCAUGUUAUGAGCUUGUACCAUAUGUGUAUUUGUAGCCAUGAGUACCAUCUUCUGCAGUAGUGUCAUCGCAUAUAUUCACCUUCCAAUCCCUGCCCUCAUACAAACAAAUAUGC